AGUAGCCACCGGAGUUUCCAAGUAAAUAUUAUUGGACUCUGACAGAUAUCAUCCACAAUUUUCUCCGUUUUUUCCUAUCCAAUUUAUUGUAUUGUUUUGAUUGGAUCUGUCUGUUGUUAGUGGACAUAUAUAUCUGAGCAACAGGUUAAAACUGUGAUCACACAUAAGUAGAACAAUUAGCAACAUAAAAUUAGCCCAACUAAGCAGAAUUUUACCAUCCAUGGAUCUCCAAGCAAAGCCACAGCUUCCUAUCAUCGAUUUCACUGAGGCUAAUCUUCGGCCUGGCUCCGGUUCUUGGCUCUUGACAAGCAAUGAAGUCCGACAUGCACUGGAAGAGUACGGUUGUUUUGUAGCUGUUUAUGAUAAGAUAAAUAUGCAGAUGAGCAAUGAUGUUUUUCGCGCAUCAAAAGAAUUGUUUGAGCUCCCGUUGGAAACAAAGGUCAAGAAUGUUUCGGAUAACAUCUACUACGGGUAUCUUAAGCUGCCAGUGAUUCCUCUUUACGAAAGCUUGGGGAUAAGAAAUGCAACAACUUGUGAUGGAAUUCGGAGUUUUGGCAAUACCAUGUUCCCUUCUGGGAACGAAAAAUUCUGUAAAACCAUGCACUCGCAUGCAAAUCAGCUAGCAGAGCUAGAACAAAUGGUGGCCCGGAUGGUUUUCAAGAGUUAUGGUGUGGAGAAACACUACGAGUCCCAUGUUAACUCAAUGGAUUAUCUUCUACGAGUUAUGAAAUAUAGGCUACCACAGAAGGAGGAGAGUAAUGUUGGUGCUCAUGUACAUACAGAUAAGAGCUUCAUAACAAUACUUCAUGAGAAUCAAGUUGGUGGGCUGGAAAUUAAAACCAAGGCUAAUGAAUGGAUUGCAAUGAGAAUUCCACCAUUUUGUUACUUAGUCAUGGCUGGCGACGCUUUGCUGGCAUGGAGCAAUGGCAAAAUACACUCUGCAUUUCAUCAAGUGAUCAUCAAAGGAGAAAAGCAGAGAUUUUCGGUGGGGCUAUUUUCUUUCGUGAAUGGGAUAAUAGAGGCACCAGAGGAACUCGUGGACAAAGAACACCCUCGACAGUACAAGCCAUUUCAUCAUUACGAUUUAAUGGAUUUUUAUGCCAACGAUGAAGACAAUAAAACAGAGUGUACCAUGCAGGCUUUUCGUCUGUGAAUUCACUCUUUAAAUUUGUAGCACAACUAAUGUUUUUGUAUGAUUUUUAUUUUAUAUUUUACUAUGUGAUCAGCACUGUAUGUUCAUAAUUCACCAAAACUUUAUACAAACUAGGCAAACAUCAAAGCUAAUGGUCAAUCGAUCAGCUAUGUAAUUACGCUAUAGAAGAAUAAAUAAUAUUUAAACCA